AUGUCUCGACCCAUCUUGCUCAGCUUGGUUGCCUUGAUCGCCACUGCAGCCGGAGCAACCGGUGGAUGCCAGCAAUGCGACCGUUACAGAGAAGAAGAUUGCUCCCUAGAUGGCGACUGCUUCUCCGCAGGCAGUGCUCGUUACUGUCUGGAGAGCGGUGGUGAAUACUGUAUCCCAGGUUGCUUUGACUGUCUGGCCCAGGCUGAAGAAUGCUUCCACAAGAACUGGGCUUUGCCAUGCUAUUCACCAGGUUCAGAGGCAGCAUGCAAGCAGCUCAACUCGGAGUGGUGCGUUGCUUCAGCCAGUCCUUCCGCCAGUGCUCCAAGCACUGCAAGCAGUGCCCCAAGCACUGGGGAUUCUACAGCAGAGACUGGUGUUAUCCUGCAGUGGAUUCUGGUGACCUUGGCAGUGGCGGCAAUUACGACGGCGUGCUGCAUCAUAGGUUGUCUGAAGCGAGAAUCAUCGUGGACUUUCGUUGUACCCAUCGAUGGCCCCACGGAGCGAACCCUGCAGCGACUGGAAUCAAGACUGAACAGUGGGAAACAAGGUGCUUGUUCGGCUUGUUAUUCUCAGACAGCUCAGCAGCAAAGAGACCGCUUGUUGGCAAAAGCUGCCAUGCAGGCUGCUGGGGGACCUGAGUUCUGGAGCCUCACAGUGGCGCACGUCUCGCAUUUUUUGGCGGACCAUGAGGACGCGCUGGUGAAGUAUUGCGAUAAACACGCCUUCACCAUGGACCAGGGACGACCAAAGCACCUGUGCUUCGACGAGGACUGCUCAAUGGAACAUGGAGAUAUGCCCCAUAGCUUCUGUGACGGCCAAGCAGCUAGUCCGUUGAAUACCAAUAUGCACGUGGUGGUGAGUCGGCUCAUCAAGCCUUUGACAAAAGACGGGGCCGCGAAGAAAGGCCGCGAUGCCAAGGGAACGCUUGGAAUGUGGGCGUUCCUCACGGAGGGACGCGUUCAACGUGCUCGAACCUUUGUGUCACACUGCUGGAACGAGAAGUUUCAGGAUUUCGUGGACACUCUACAAAGUCUCGGGCCCAAAGAAGAUGUGUGGAUUUGCAGCUUCGCAUUGCCGCAGAACAUCAACAUCGGCGAGGUGUUGGGAAACAAACCCAGCAAAUCUCCAUUUGCUCGUGCUCUGGCACAAGCGGAACAAGUCCUGUUGGCUGUGGACGCAAAGAUCGAGCCUCCAACACGAUCCUGGUGCUGUUUCGAGCUCUACUUGGCGUGCAUGCAGCAGAAGACAAUUCGAAUUGAAGUGCCAACACAAGAGACUCAAGCUGACAUCAGGAAGUUGAAGAAGAAGGUCAAAGAUGCCAUGGAGGUUGUGGAUAUUAGUCAGUGUUCAGCCAGCAACCAGGGCGACCAUGAAAAGAUCAUGGCAGAAAUCGGCUUCGCAGUUGGUGAUGUUAACAGCAAGCUGGCGGAGAAAGCUGCCGUGGAGUAUUUGAGCGCCUGCCGGUUGUUAGAUGCACGUGUUUCAUCCUCAGGCUCUUCGCGACCUGAGUCAGAGUCGCCUGUCUAG